CUCUCCCCUCUUACCCCCUGCCCCGCCGCGGGAGCCCGCUUUGCAAAAAGGGGGCACGCCAGCGCCACCCUCCGGCCACCAAGCCGCACUGCACCCUCCCCCCGUCUCUCCCCCCUGCUCCGACUCUCAAUGUUCCACACUGCCCGGCCACAGAGCCUCCUCUGCUGCUUUAUAUCCCCCCGGCUUCCUCCAGCCCCUCCACCGAUACUGUAUCCCCUUCCCUCCCCCCCUCCAUCCCUCCCCUCCGACCUAACACCGGGACAGGACGCCUGCGAAGUUCACCACGAUGUCCAGUGACAGGCAAAGGUCAGAUGAUGAAAGUCCAAGUACCAGCAGUGGUAGUUCAGAUGCAGAUCAGAGGGACCCACCAGCACCCGAACCUGAAGAGCAAGAAGAAAGAAAACCUUCUGCAACCCAACAGAAGAAAAAUACCAAACUAUCCAGCAAAACUACUGCUAAGCUAUCCACUAGUGCUAAAAGAAUUCAGAAGGAGCUAGCUGAAAUAACCCUUGAUCCUCCUCCUAACUGCAGUGCUGGCCCUAAAGGAGAUAACAUUUAUGAAUGGAGAUCAACUAUACUUGGACCCCCUGGUUCUGUAUAUGAAGGAGGUGUUUUUUUCCUGGAUAUCACAUUUUCAUCUGAUUAUCCAUUCAAGCCACCAAAGGUUACUUUCCGUACCAGAAUCUAUCACUGCAACAUCAACAGUCAGGGAGUCAUCUGUCUGGAUAUUCUGAAAGACAACUGGAGCCCUGCUUUGACUAUUUCAAAAGUUUUGCUGUCUAUUUGUUCUCUCUUGACAGACUGCAAUCCUGCUGAUCCUCUGGUCGGAAGCAUAGCCACUCAGUACCUGACCAACAGAGCAGAACAUGACAGGAUAGCCAGACAGUGGACCAAGAGAUAUGCAACAUAAAUGACAAACUACUUGUGCUCUGUGAGGGUGCAGGAGGCAACUUUACAGUGUGCAACAAAUCUUUAUAGCCUUUACAAUACGGACUUCUGUGUAUAUGUUAUACUGAUUCUACUCUCUGCUUUUAUCCUUUUGAAGACCGGGAUUCUGCCCCCUAAAAAAGGUAAAUGCUAUCAGGAGUAGAACUUUGUAGCUGUAGAUUAGUUAUGUUUAAAAAGCCUACUUGCAAGUCUUGCUUCUUUGGGAUAUCAAAAUGUAUUUUGUGAUGUACUAAGGAUACUGUUCCUGAAGUCAACCAAAUAUUAUAGUGCAUUUUAGCCUAAUUCAUUAUCUGUAUGAAGUUAUUAAAGGUAGCUGUAGAUUACUAGGAAUUAUGUCAUUUGUAUUAAACUCAGAUCUAUUUCCAAUAUGUGGUACAUGCUGUUGUGAAAACUGUUUUAACUUUUACCUUUGUCAGUUUGUAAUGAAAGGAUUUCCUUUUCCCCUUUGUAGCUCAGAGAGCACCCAGUGUAUCAUCUCAAACACAAUAAACAUGUUCCCCAAGGA